AUCCUCCAUUCUGCAUCUCUCAGUGCAGCCGGUGACGUCUGCAUUCAUCGCAGAUUCAGCAUCCUCCCCAUCCCCUCUCUGCAGCCAGCAUCCUCUCCUCUCUCUGAAACAUCCCUCACUUCUCUCUCCUUUCUUCAGCAUCCCUCACUCCAUCCGCACCAUCUGCAGUGCGAGUCAGCCAGCCAGCCAGCCAGCCAGCCAGGCACGUCUCUCAUCGCUUUCUCCCCCUCCGUAGAAUCCUUACCCUGUGCUAGUGACUGCAGUCUCCCCCCUCUUGCCUCCUCUCCCUUUGGCUAAGUAGCUACUCCAGUCCCCCCCUCUCCCUCCACAGCAUCAGCUGUUUGGAGCACCAGGCAGACAGACCGACAGGCAGGCUCCCUCUAUCCCCAGCCACGGAGUCCCUUCUCUGGGUAGCCGGGCUCCCAUUCCCCCUCCUGAGGAUGAUCCUGUGGAUGAAGACGGAGGAGAUGGCCCUUGGAACGAUGCUAGAAAGACUCAGACUGGUCACCCAAAACGUUGAUGAGAUCAUGCAGCAGGAGAGCAGCCCCCUCUGUGCCAUCGACAUCACCCCUGACCUUAGGAAGAAGUUUGCCUUCCUCUCAGGGGGCCGAGGACAGAACGGCAGCCCCAUCAUCGUGUUCCCAGAGUUCUCUGCUUUCGGAGAGAUUCAGGAGAGGGAGUUCCACAACGUGCUCACUUACCUGACCAGCGUCCCCAGUCUGUUUGCAGCAGGAGUGGGUUUCAUUCUAGUCAUUGACCGACGGCAGGACCGAUGGGCGGCCGUCAAGGGGACCCUGCUCCGCAUCGCAGGUUCGUUCCCAGGGAACCUGCAGUUGGUUCUGGUAUUGAGGCCGACCACAUUAUUCCAGAGGACUCUAUCAGACAUCCUGUUCAAGUUCAAUAAGGAUGAGUUCAAGAUGAAGGUGCCGGUCAUUAUGUUGAGUUCUGUGACUGAGCUUCACUCCUACAUAGACCGGACACAACUGACUACUGAGCUAGGAGGAACCCAGGAGUACUGCCAUGACAAGUGGAUCUCACACCGCACCGCCAUUGAGGGCUUUGCUUUGAUGGUGAAGGGAACAGCUCAGAUCCUGCAGUCAUUUGGGACAGAGCUAGCAGAGACUGAAGUACCCAACGAGAUCCAGGCUACCGUCAACUUACUGAGGACACACACAAACAAGAAAGACAAGAUGAAGGAGGAUCUGCAGGUGGCUCUAGGACAGGGCAGCAGACUGUUGGAGAGGAUUAAUGAACCAGUGGUCAGAGAUCCCGACCACAGCAUGAACCAGGACGAACUGGAGAAUCUGGCCACCGUACAGAGACUGCUGUCCCAGUUGGAUGAGACAGAGCGGGCGUUUGAUGAGUUCUGGGUGACACACCAGGCUAAGCUGGAGCAGUGUCUGCAGCUCCGUCACUUUGAACACAACUUCAGAGAGGUGAGAUGUCUGCUUGACCAGGUGGCAGAGAGAUUGACAGCUUUCUCAGAGGUGGGAAUAAACCCUGCCCAUGCUGAUCACAUCAUCCGUGAGCUGAACAGCCACGAGGAGAGAGUCUUAGAGGUAUUGGACCGAGCCCAGGCUCUGGCACGUGAGGGUGACGAGUUGAUCCAGAGCUCCCACUACGCUGAGGACUCCAUCCACCCCAAAUGUAGCGAGCUCCGAGCCGUGAGCGAGGAACUGAGUGCCAACCUGAGAGCAAAGAAAGACCACCUACUCAGAGCUAUGGAGCUACACCACAAUCUGGAGAGGGCUGCUAAGUGGUGUGAUGAUGGCCUCUACCUGCUGGCCUCCCAACCCGUGGACAAGUGUCAGUCACAUGAAGGGGCGGAGACAGCGCUGCAGGAGAUCGAGCGUUACCUAGAUACGGCAGGACAGAACAAACUGACUGAUCCUAGCGUCAUCUGCAGUGAUUACGAGACAGUGCUCAACCAGGACUUCAGGGACCAAGUAGAGAAGGUCUUUCAGAAGCAGGUGUCCAUGCAGGAGAUGUUUGAGAAGAGGAUGGUCAGUCUGAAGAAGCUGGCAGCCAAACAGACCAGGCCAGUCCAGCCUGUGGCCCCAAGGCCUGAAGCCUUCAUCAAGUCCCCACUGUCCUCGCCAGCAAAGAGAGUGAUGGAGAAGAGCUGCUCAGAGGGAGACUCUGUGAAUGGGGUCAGCUGUAGAACAGUGGAGGACCAGCUACAGAACAACAGAAGUGCCUCUCUGUCAGAGGAGGACGAGAACCUGGCCAUCCUCAGAAAACAUGUAAUGAAUGAGCUGCUGGAGACAGAGAGGGGGUACGUGGAGGAACUGCACUGUGUCCUACAGGGCUAUGCCUCAGAGAUGGACAACCCAGCCAUGGCCAGCCUCAUGCCGGCUCCACUACAGAACAAGAAAGAUGUGCUGUUUGGCAACAUGCCAGAGAUCUACCACUUCCACAAGAGAACCUUUCUGAGGGAGUUGGAAGAGUACCAAGACUGCCCAGAACUUGUGGGUCAUUGUUUUCUGGAGAGGAUGACAGACCUGCAGAUCUAUGAGAAGUAUUGUCAGAAUAAGCCUCGCUCUGAGAGCUUGUGGAGACAAUGCUCCGACUGCGCCUUCUUCCAGGAAUGUCAGAAGAAGCUGGAACAUAAACUGGGCUUGGACUCCUAUCUCCUGAAACCGGUCCAGAGGAUCACCAAAUACCAGCUCCUGUUGAAGGAGCUACUAAAGUACAGUAAGGGCUGUGAGGGGUCAGAGGACCUUCAGGAGGCGCUCACCUCUAUCCUGGGCAUCUUGAAGGCUGUCAACGACUCCAUGCACCUCAUCGCUAUCACUGGAUACGAUGGUCACCUGGGUGACCUGGGCCGGCUGCUGAUGCAGGGGUCAUUCAGCGUAUGGACGGAACACAAGAAAGGUCACGCCAAGGUCAAGGACCUGGCCCGCUUCAAGCCCAUGCAGAGACACCUGUUCCUGCAUGAGAAAGCCCUGCUCUUCUGUAAGAGACGCGAGGAGAACGGGGAGGGCUAUGAGAAAGCCCCCUCCUACAGCUUCAAACAGUCCCUCAGCAUGAGUGCUGUGGGCAUCACUGAGAAUGCCAAAGGUGACAACAAGAAGUUUGAGGUCUGGUGCAACUCACGGGAGGAGGUGUACAUCGUACAGGCCCCGACAUCUGAUGUGAAAACGACGUGGGUGAACGAGAUCCGUAAGGUUCUGACAACACAGCUGGAGGCCUACAGAGAAGCCAGCCAACAGAGGCCGUCAGACGGACUGUUCCAGUUCCCUCCUGCCGCUGGAGGACCUGUCAGCCUCGGUCCAUUUAGAAGAGGGGAGAGGAGCAUGAAGGAGAAGAAGGGAGAACCGAGCAGCCCCGAUCCUAACUCCUGCUCCUCCCCAAAAACCAAAGACGAGGCAAUGACCAGUCCUACCUUAGACAGAGCAGCAGUGGCUAAAAAGCGUUUUACCUUGCAGGGCUUCAGCAACUUCAGCAAAGACCUCUCACCUCCUGACAAUAAAAGCUUAACUUUACCCAGGAUGCCUCUCUCUCUGCCAGGUUCUCCCACAAGCCCUGACCAUAAAACCAAACGUCAUGAGAUAAAGAGUGAUCCCACUCCGUUCGGCUUCAAAGGAUGGACCAAGGGCUCUCUCUCAUUGGACGCCAACGAGGAGAAUGAUGGGUACUCUAGCACUGAGGAGCCCCUAACCUCAGACCCUGAGGACGAGGGGGGAAAGAAACUGCGUGCAGGGAAGUACACAGUGGUGUCUGACUAUGAGAAGAUCAGGGCCCAGGAUCUGUCAGUCAAGAGUGGUGAAACGGUUCAGCUGAUCAAGAAGGGAGAAGAUGGACAGUGGUUUGUGAAGAAUCUGAAGACUAAGCAGGAGGGCUGGGUGGCUGCAGCCAACCUUCACACCCUGAUUGGAGAGUCCACGUCCUGCCAGUCUCUCACCAGUUCAGAGGGCAGUGGCUCAGGGAACCUCAGCACUUCAUCCAGCUGCUGUGAGACCUACACCAGCUUCUCUGACAUAAAGCCCUGAACCCUCCACCCUUCCCUGGUCCCAUCAGGCCGCCCCUGGUCUCCAGAACCGAACCCAACAGCACCAGCUGGUGGCUCCCCCAACAAAGCAGCACUUCCUCCCCCUACCCAAAACCCAACUUUGCCCCUCCUUACCCAGAGGCAAGCCCCUGGAUUAGGAUACUGGUCAGCCAUUUCAAGAAAAUGCCAACAAAUGCCAAUGUUCCAGUGACCAGUCUAUAGAUAGCAGUGUCAUUGAUUAGAGAAUGGAUCUGGCGCCCUCGUGUAAUUGUAGAGACACAGUGCAGUGUUGGUAGAAAGCAGCUCCAUCCAUCCACAGGAUGAGCAAGUGGAGUAUGAGGUCUAGCUACCCUAGACACUGAUCUUAGGUCAGUUUAGGAUUGGGGGAGGGUGAACUGUUCCCAGAUCUGACCGUCAGCUAGGCAAGCAGACCUGGGGCAGGCCUGUAUCAAUGGCACUAUGGCAGACAAAAUGCUACGGACAAGAUGGAACCUGACAGAACCCAUAGAAUUCUAAUUCUAUGAUGAAUCUGAUCAGGUGUCAGUGAUGAGGAAACGUCUUCAGCUGCCUUAGUGGUGGACAUGGAUCGUGUUGACCCCGUCUUGUUGUACUGUAGGCUUGUGUCACCAUUACAAUGCUGUUGGUCCGCAUUAUGGUUCCUUUGAUUGUCUAGAAAUAGACAGGACUGUUUGUAUUUUUCAAAUAGAAAGUUAUUGUAAAUAAAAAGAUUAUGAAUGCGAUGAAUGAAAAGUAUACCAUGUUAAGCUUUUCAGAUUGUUGCUCUAUGAGUUUUACCAGUCACCUCAAACGUGUGACCAUGGAAGUAACCAGUAUGACCUAUGACUAUCUUAUUGCCUCUUGGAGAGUGAGGAGUUACUGUACUUUGAUAAAGAUGUUAUUCUACAUCGUUCUAUCUCCAUAAUGUAAUCGCUCUCUACGCUUCCUCCCUCAUGUCCUCUUAAUUAGCUUACCCUGUCCUGCAACAUUAUUUCUGUAUGAUUCAGACCACAGGUGGCUGCUGAGGGGAGGAUGGCUCAUAAAAAUGCCUGGAAUGUAGUGAUUGGAAUGGUAUCAAACACAUGUAAACCAGUUAUUCCGUUCCAGCCAUUACUAUGAGCCCAUCCUCCCCAAUUAAGGUGCCUCCAGCCUCCUGUGAUUCAGACAGAUCAGUCACAGUAUUCACUGGUUGGUUGUCUUCAUCAAAUAACUUCAUUAUGAUCCCCUUUUCAUCCAUUCCACCAGCUGUCCAUUCACACGUGUUAAACAUGACUUUGGAUGUUGUAUGUAGCAUAUCUGUAGGCUAGUCAUUGCCAGUCAUUUCUCCAUGUGUACUGUGAACUUUCUUCCUUUUGUUAAUAACUCAGAAACCAGUGUAUAGUCUUAAAUUAUUUAUUGUAAAGCAAUCAUAUUUAUGUAGAUAGUUUUUAUUAUUAUUAUUAUUUUCUUUAAGAAAUCAGAAAUUCUCUAUCAGUCAGCAUUGUCUGUUGUUUUUUUAUAUUAAAAAGGACUUAGGAUCGUCAGUAGAUAACAGACAAAAUCAUAAACCCCUCCUAUUUCUACAAUUUCUCUUCUUAAAAAAGGUCCCGCACCGUCAUCCUAUUUCCAAAGUAAAAAUAGCAUUUGAAUGACCAAAACAUCACCCAUAAUAUUUUUACGCCAUUAAAAUGCUCAGAAUUGAAGAAAUGGUACAUUCUCUCAUCUCUAACUAUCAGGAAGCCUGAAGGAACAGGCUGAGUAGGCGGGGAGCUUAUAUUCAUGAGCUCACCUUGACUGACAGCUCUUUGAAACACCCUUGUGGUCGUUGCCAGGUAACAAGGUAAAUAAUGGACCAGGUCAUUCCUAACCUAAAUAGUAUGCCCCAACCCAUUUUCUCUGCAAAAUGCUCUCAUGGUCAACAGAACUGGCUUAUGUUCUUGACGUGUGUCACGUUUACAUAUCAUUCUAGGUGUACAGUUGCACUGUGUUUAUGCAUAUAUUAGUCCUAUAAUGAAGUCGUACCUUCCCAACAGAAUACAGCAUUCCUUUUCUCCACAUUAAGUUUCUAGUCAGCCUAUUGCUUUGUAACUAAUUACAGAAUACAGUUCACUGAUAAACUACUUCACAAGAAUUAGUAAAGCCUGAGUCACCUUAGACAUAAGGGAAUGUACAUGAAAACCGCAUGUAAUAAGUGUACUUGACAAUUAAUGGUGCCUCUGCAUUAUAAAUGACAAUAUGUUCAGAA